AUGGCCAAUUUAAUGAAAGAACUCGGUUCCCAAACCAAAUGGAGUACCUCCACAUGCAUAUCCUGCAUCACCAAAAUGUCCGCUUCCAAAGGCCUCCAGCCUAGCACCCUCCCCCUCCGCCACAUGGUACAACUAGCCCAAGAUUUGCUACCCUUCGAUAGCGCUGCGAGCAAGGGAAAAAUCAUUCUCGAUGUGGGAUGUGGACCCGGACAGGUGACGGAGUAUCUAAUCGGAGAGUUUGGAUCUCUCCUCACGCGCACUUCUGAGGGAGAGGAUCAUCCGCAAACUCGGAUCCUAGCUUCGGAUUUCAGCGCACCCAUGGUGGCGCAGUUGCAGAAGAGGAAAGAGAGGGAGCUGGAGAUGGAGAAUGCGGUUUGGGGGUGUGUGGAUACGGAGGUGUGUGAUGCGCAGGAUUUGAGGGGGAUGGUGGGAGAUGGGCUGGCGAGUCAUGCGUUCGCGAGUUUGGUGCUUUUUAUACUGCCGCAGCCGAGGAGCGGGUUGCGGGAAAUGUGGAGGGCGUUGAUGAGUGGGGGGGUGGGAGGGUGUACGUCGUGGAAGGAGAGUGAGUGGAUGCUGCUUAUGGGGGUGGGGGCUGCUGCUGCUGCGGAUGGGGAUGCGGAUGAGGAUGGGGAUGGAGAACCGAAGAGGAAGAUGGAGAUGCCGAAGGAGUGGAUGAGUAUAGAGGGGGUAAAGAGGGAACUUGAGGAAGUGGGAUUUGUGGAUGUGCAGGUCGUGGAGAGCGAGGCGAAGUGGAGUUUUGAGAGUCAUGAGAGUGUUGUGGAUAUGAUAUUGGGGUUUCCGGGGAUGAAAAUGAUGGUUGGGGAGGAGAGGUGGGGGAAGGGGGGGAGGGAAAGGGCGAGAGAGGGGAUGUUGGCGUGGAUGUCGGAGAGAUUUUCGGAGGAGGAGGGCGCGUUGAGUGGAGUGGCGGUUGUGGGGGUGGGGAGGAAGGGGGAGUAG